AUGCCCCCCCCCCCCCCCCCCCGUGUCCGCGGUUCUCUCUUAUCCCAGACCAAGUCCUGUACAAACCAAAACAAACCAUCACGCUAUAGCUCGCUCCUUGGCGCAAGGUUCUGGCCCGUUAGCGCCGAAGCCUUUAGACUGCCAGCUGGACGGACGACCUUCGGUGGUGAAGGACGAGUUUUCUUUGUGAGUUGGGGUGGGGUUGGUCAGACUGUGAACCUGGAGAGUGAAGAUAGAUUGCAGGUGCAUCAUGGCAUGGAUAGAUGCAAGAUUCUUCCAUGGUUCAUGUUGCACGAUAUGGUGAACUCGGGAUUGGUCGUGGCAGCCGACGGCCUGGCACGAUUCUAUAAUCGUGUUCUGGACGAGCGAGAGCUGAAGCCACCAUAUUUGCCUCUCCAAUGCCCGGUCGAGGAGCUGCAUGAGUGCUUUCCGUCUCCCCACUUCGACGUGGUCCACAUCCGAAACGCCUUGGAUCACAGCUUCGAUCCCGUCUUGGGCAUCCAGCGCAUGCUGCAGGUGACCCGGCCAGGCGGCUGGGUCUUGCUGCGCCAUGCGCGAAACGAGGGUGUACCCGGCCAAUUCCGCAACGGCCAAGGGAACGUCCAGCGCCAUUUCUUCCAACCCUUCACCUUUUGCCGUGUCGGCGUCGCCCAGCAGAAAAUGGCAGUGGCGGCCGCCCAGCCCGCACAGGUUGCAAGCCCAACGUCGAUUGCCCUGCCCAAGAAGAAGGCACACUGGGCCGUGAGCUUCUUGGCAGGCUUCUGCUCGGGAGCCACGGAGGUUUCCGUCACGAUGCCCUUGGACACGGUGAAGACCUACUGCCAGGUGAACCGCACUGGACUGGGUCCGGUGGCCGGAGCACAGCAGAUCUACCAACUGAAGGGAAUUCACGGCUUUUACUUCGGGUUGCCUGCGGUGCUGGUUCAGGUGGCUGGAAAGGGUGCAAUCCGGUUCACUGCCUUCGAGCAGUUCAAGUUCCUUUUGCAGUACUGCGCGCCGAAGCCCUCCGUGGACUUCCUCGCAGGGAUCGGUGCUGGAUUCGCAGAGGCCUUCUUGUGGACGACGCCCACGGAGAGAUUGAAGGUCUUGCGCCAGAACGACAUCAAGUCUGGUUUGAAUCGCUACUCCAGCCUGGUGGGCUCCAUCCGCACCGUAGCCAGCGAUCACGGCAUCCGGGGUCUUUAUGCAGGCAUUGGCGCCACAGGCAUCCGGCAAGCUUCUGGCGUUGGAGUUCGCUUCGCACUUUACGGCCAUGUCAAGUCUGCUCUCACCACCGACCCACCGCAGAUGUGGCAGUCGGCUGUUGCAGGCGGCAUUACGGGCUGCUGCAGCACACUCCUCAACAAUCCCAUCGACGUGAUCAAGUCACGAAUCGAGGCACAGGAUGGGAACACCAAGGAGUACACGAGCACUUUGCAGGCAUUUCGAUCCAUUUUGCAACAAGAGGGUGCAAUGGCUUUCUACAAAGGCAUUGCGCCACGAUUGAUGAAAAUCUCGAUCGGUCAGGCGAUCACCUUCUCGGCUUACGAGGCAUAUUCCUCGGCGUUUUCCAGCUUGACGGGUUUGUGA